AUGCGCCAGUGGGAGCUCAUGGAGCCAGUGCCCAUUCUUCAGGAUGACGACAAUGAGGUGGCGCCAGUGGAAGGCAAUGCUGUCAUCCCUGUCGGCGACCGUUACCUAUGCUGGGUCGACUGCAAGAAUGGCUUCUUCCUCUGCGACAUGGCUGACGAGGCCAGGCCCAAGGUCCGAUACGUACCUGUGCCUGCUGAGGUGAGCCGUUGUUGCAGCUCUGAUGACCACGACGACUACGACGACAAAGACCUGUUUCCAUUGAAGUACACCAAGAAGAUGGGCGCCGCAGGGGCUAGCAGAGUGAGGUUUGUCAGCAUCGACCCCCACUGCUGCUGCGGAGGUCCCGGCAGGAGCACAUGCGCGCACUCCCACUUCGCCUUCACCGUCAGGACCUGGACGAUGGAUCUCAACAUGGACGACAAGCCAUUGGCGUGGGUGAAAGACGGAGAGAUGGACUGCGAGGAGGUCUGGGCGCUUCUGGGAUACGAGGGCCUCCCGCGAGCAAAUCUCCUGUGCCCCGUCGUGUCCUUGGACAACCCCAAUGUUGUCUGCUUUUUGGUCUCCCAUCGUCGCUUGAACAAAAACGAGGAUCUGAAGGUAUGGAUGAUUCAGCUCAACAUGAAGUCCAAGACGCUGCUGUCAGUCGUGCAGCUCACAGGUGCCUCGAGAGCGUUCGAUCAUUUACCGGCAGAACUUCAGUACAAACCAGAGAACACAAGGUAA